AUGUCCUUAUUUGGUAAACGCACAGCCGAUCCCAUCCAGGGCUCACCAUCCCAAAAACCCAGUCCAUUCUCAACCCAACCCACGAACACCAACUCACUAUUCGGAACUUCGCUCUCAACCCAAAAUCAAAAUACCCCAUCAACCAACCUGUUUGGAAACAUCUCGAAUAAUAACAAUAACAACACAGCCCAGCCAGCUAGUCAAUCUACCAACUUAUUUGGGAGCCUCUCAAACAGCAACAAUAACAACACACCCCAGCCAGCUGGUCAAUCUACCAACUUAUUCGGAAGCUUCUCGAAUUCGCUCUCAACCCAAACUCAAAGUACCCCAUCAACGAACUUGUUUGGAAGCAUCUCGAAUAAUAACAAUAACAACACAACCCAGCCAGCUAGUCAAUCUACCAACUUAUUUGGGAGCCUCUCAAACAACAACAGCAACAACAACAACAAUAAUAAUAACAAUACACCCCAGCCAGCUAGUCAAUCUACCAACUUGUUCGGAAACUUUUCGAAUUCGCUCUCAACCCAAACUCAAAAUACCCCAUCGACCAACUUGUUUGGAAGCAUUUCGAAUAAUAACAAUAACAGUACACUCCAGCCAGCUAGUCAAUCUACCAACUUAUUCGGAAGCUUCUCGAACAACAGCAACAACCCCAACAAUGUUAACAAUUUACCAACUGGAUUAGGCAGUCAAAUUUCGUCCACACCCAUCAAUAGUUUCCUAUUCAAUUCGACCAAUAACUCAACGCUGAAUAGAUCGGCCCCAUCUACAACCAAUAGCGCGCUUUCAACCCUGAGAUCGAGUACCGCUCAACUGGCCAGACGGCCCAUCACCCUUUCCGAGCUCUCGAUUCAAGAUCGUAUCCUCAAAAUACAUGCCAAUUGGAACGUCUCGGAUCCUCAAUGUCAAUUCCAGUUUUUCUUUUAUAAUGUCGUUCCUCCUGAGCAAGUCCAUCUAUACGGCAGGCCAAACCAGCUGGCAUCAGAUGAUCCCAGAUGGCAACGCGCUAAAAGGAACAAUCCUGAUCCUAGUCGAUUGGUACCUACCCUUGCUAUCGGAUUCGAGGACCUUUCCAAACGAGUUGCUGUCCAACAAAAGCAGGCUCAAGUACAUCUAUUGAAACUUGGAGAAAUUUCCAACAGACUCAAUGACAUAGCGCGUAAACAUAACCUCGAAACAACAUCUAGACUGCAUAAAUUGAAGACCGAACAAGUGAAGCUAAGCGCCCGAUUGAUGGGCCUGGUCAACAAGCUGAAUGGGAUUGUCCUACAUUCUCCAUCAUCCUCUGCCGUCGCAGCUUAUCAACCACAUUCGCAACCGAGUUAUCAGCAUCAGCAACUGAUCAGGAACAACCAGAAAGAAGAAGAGCUGAUCCAGAGGAUCAAGGUCCUCAAGUCGAUCCUCGAUCAAUUUGGGGGCAAGGCUAAGAUUUCCGAACUCUGGUCGACGCUGCAUCAGAUUAAAAACUUUGGUGGAUUUUUCGUCUCGAACAAUGGAAACGGUCCAACGGGCAAUCAAUCAGUCGUAAGCCAUGGCUCCCACCAUUCUCCGACGGGCUCAGGUCCGGUCCAUCAAUCUGGCCAUUCCGGAUUCGUUAGCGUUGGUUCCAGCGACGGUGGGGGAGGGAAAUGGUCGGUCAUUGAUGACAAAGAGAUCAAAAAAGUCUUAGAAAUUCUACUCAACCAACAGAAGGGGAUCGAUCAUUUGAUGCUCUUAUUGAGGAAAUGUAGAGCCGAUGUCAUCUUGAUGAGACAAGCCUUCAAUCUAGAAUCGAACCUGAAAUCAAUCGAAUGGUAG